AGUCGAUUAAAAUAAUUAGCAGCAGCCAAUUGCAAACGAUCAAGCGAAGCGACGACUCCAUCUCAGGUCUCCCGUCUCCCACGCCUAUAAUCCAAUAACCAGCAAUCCUCUCCAUCAAUCAUUGCCGCAAUUCUUCUUCUUCCCCUCUCCAGCUAGAUCGACCGGAGCAGCAGAGAGGCUGAUCCGACCAAGCUUCACCCCAAGAUUACGAUUCCAUUUAGGUGUACUUGACUGAUAUUGAGCUGCUUUAUGCUUUUAGCUCACAGCGACAGCUUCUAUACGAUAUGGCAAGCAAAAGGAUUCAGAAGGAACUCAUGGAUUUGCAAAAGGAUCCACCAACAUCAUGCAGUGCUGGGCCUGCUGGAGAGGAUCUAUUCCACUGGCAGGCCACAAUCAUGGGUCCUAGUGACAGCCCCUAUGCAGGAGGGGUGUUCUUUGUUAACAUCCACUUUCCUCCUGACUACCCCUUUAAGCCCCCAAAAGUGAACUUCCAAACUAAGGUGUAUCACCCAAACAUCAACUCUAACGGGAGCAUUUGCCUUGAUAUCCUCAAGGAGCAAUGGAGCCCAGCCCUGACCAUAUCAAAGGUCCUGCUCUCCAUCAGCUCUCUCCUCACCGACCCCAACCCAGACGACCCCCUUGUCCCAGAGAUUGCUCACAUGUACAAGAACCAGAGGCAACGCUACGAGGAAACUGCAAGGGCCUGGACCCAGAAGUACGCGAUGGGCUGAUGCCCCAUCACAUUGAGCAAUGUUACCACUUGCCACUGCAAUGACCAUCGUGAAUGUUGUAAAGAUUAAGUUGAACCGGUUCCAUGUUUUGUGAUGGUAUCCCAGGACUCCAGACGGCUGUGUCAGUUGUACUGGCUUCUGAAGACAAAGUUUAUCUGUGUACAGCAGCUUUAAAGCAUGACAAUCUGAGUUCUGCACCCAAACUUUGGUUUAUAUGAAAAGCACUUGCAGUCACUGCAUUCGCAUGUGUAGCUGCCAAGAAAAGGGUCAAUUUGUAUGUGGGAGGAUGUUAUAUUUUCUAAAUAUGUUUUGCUUCCAUUCUCCA